AUGGAUGAAUACAAUUCAGUAUUGUUUAAGAUAGUCUCAAUGAUGAGACUUUAUGGUGAGGAAGUAACCGAGAAAGAGUUGCUUGAUAAAACAUUCUCCACGUUCCAUUCGACGAACGUGUUGCUGCAACAGCAUGAGAUGAGACCCAUCGGAACAGCAGCAUUACCAGAAGCCAAUGAGGCUGAAAAGAAAGAUCCCAAAGAGUGCAACCACGUCCAUGAUGAUAAGAGAUCACACGGCAAAGGCCGUAGUAGAUACAAAGGACGUGGCCGUGACAACUACUCAUUUGGCCGGCAAGGAAACCACAAUAACCAUGGUCAUGGUUCCAGCUAUGGCCGUGGCCGAGGCAGUUAUGGCCGUGGUCAAGGCGGCAUAUCCAAACCGUCUAACUCGACCAAAUUAGCUUGUCACAGAUGCGGGAUGAGUAACCAUUGGGCCAAGAAUUGUAGAACCCCUAAACAUCUAUGUGAGCUCUAUCAAGAGAGCCUUAAGAACAAGAACCCGGAAGCCCAUAUGGUUUAUGAUACCGGGUAUGAUGCUGAUGAUGAUUCCGACCUUGAAAACGACGACCUCUUGGAUUUUGAGACUUCUGAUUGUCUCAAAGACUAA